AUGAAGAAAGUCUUUUCCCUGACAGCCUUGGCUUCCUCGGCCGUCGCAUUUCGUGGCGGUUGGGGCUUCGACGGGUCUCCUGGCGACUUCUCUACGACAGAAUGGCAGGCUCGCUUCGAGGAUGCCAACGCAACAGGAAUAUACUAUUUCGACGCCUACAAUGUCUCGGAAAGCUUCCCACCCAACAAGACUGUCAGUGGCUGGUCGGCUACCAUUCGAGUAGCCAACAUCACCGACGACCCCGAAGAAGGGAGCGUCCCGUACCCAGGUACCGACAUCAGUAUCAAAGCUCCGGAUGGGAUGAAGAUGCCAGAGUCCAACUCUACCGAGUGGCAGGCCUGCAUGGCAGUCUGGACUCCUGGAAUCCUAACUUCCGGGGCUACUAGCGAUGCUCAACACGACGAUGGAGACUGUAGCUCGUUUCUUUCGGAUGAAUGUAUUGAUGCCAUUAAAGCUUCAGCAGCUGGCUUUCACUUCGAUGGCGAGAGAUGUACCACUGUCCCUUCCAUCCCUGAAGUAUGCAAGAAGUGGUAUGGGGAGUCAGGCGACGUACCUAGUGGCACCAUCAGUGGAAAUUUCAGCAGUAUAUUCAACGGCAGCACUAUGUUCAGUGGGCGUCCGCUGCUGGUAGGAGACAGCGAACGCGUGCAGACCGAGGAGGAAGCUUAUAGUGAGGCGAUUCGUAGUGUUUAUACGGUUAUGAUCAACUGGGGCCGACGUAAUUCGUUUUCUUGGAGCUCAGAUGAUAUCUUGCAGCCUACACUAUUGUGCUUACGUACAAGGAACAUCACAGAAGGAAGUGAGGAUCCCAAUACUGGUACAAGAGCAGCGGUUCAUGCACCCAUGGCGCUGGGUAUGUCCAUGUUAGCUGCAGUUCUGCUGGUGUACUAA